AGCUUGGCGCUAGCUCGAUUGACUGUAUCGUGUAUGUGUGUGCGUGGUCACAAUCGCUAGCGCCGAUAUAUUUUCGAAUAUUAUAGGCGCGUCUGUGGUAGUGCGUCCCUCGAUCUGACAGCUCUUUCCUGAGCAUAGGUCGCAGUUAAGGCUCUACUCUUACGGAGCACACUGUGCCUGCCUCACUGUGUCCGUUACUGCUCAGGGAGUAGUCACACCAGUGGACCAGUCUUACAAUAAACCAGACUUUCAUUCAUUCAUUUCAUAUGUUUUUACAAUUAUGUGCGUAGUAAAACAAAAACGACGUUAUAUGUGUGAUUCAUUUGUUUACAUACUUUGUAACACAUUUAUUCCACUUCGUGCUACUUAAAUCUCUCGUCUCGCAUCGUCUCUUUGAGAUCGACGGUGUUGUAAAAAAAAAAAGAGAAGGCUUUACCGAAGCAACGUACCUUGUACAUAUAUAUAUAUAGCGUAUCUGUAUACAUACAAUCAUCCAGAUGAAUAUGGUUGUUACGGAUUUUUUAUACGCACAACGUCUGCUGCGGAACAUGAAAAGAUCCAGAAUAGUCUUGAACGAAUUAGAUGAUGUAGACGAAGUAGAGUUUCCUGAUUUGCGACAUGAAAUCAACAGAUACGACACUUUCAAGAAUUGGUUGCCCUCAUCGGUCGCGUUAACUGAAAGACUUGCGGCUGCUGGUUUCUACUUUGCUGGUCAAGGUGAUACCGUUGAAUGUUUUGACUGCCACGUUCAACUGAACAAUUGGCAAGAAGGGGAUGAUCCAAUGGCAGAUCAUCGGAAAUUUUCACCGCAAUGUAGAUUUGUUCGCAAACUUCCUUGCGGUAACGUACCGCUCGUUGUCAAUCCCAGACCGAGAUCAGUAACCGAGAUGAGUUCGUUACAAGAAGUAGAAUACUUCCCGCACUUGUUACACAGAGCCAAACAUCCCGAAUAUUGUAACUAUCGAAAACGUCUCGCAACAUUUGACACAUGGCCUUCCACGAAGACACAAACUCCCACCGAAUUAGCUGAAGCUGGAUUUUAUCACGUAGGACGUGAGGAUCACGUCUUGUGCUUUUACUGCGGCGUGGCUCUGAGAAAUUGGGAGGACAAUGAUAUACCAUGGGAAGCACAUGCCAAAUGGAUGCCAGAAUGCUUCUACGUUCUUUCUAUUAAAGGACACGACUAUGUGUUAUCUGUCAAUUCACCAGAAGGCAUAGACGUAACGGAACAAACACUCGAACUUGGGGCAGCAAGUCAUUUAUCAUCUAAUGACCCUAUACCUUUUGUGGUUAGUGAGGGAUACGACGAAGAUAACGUAGAUAACAUACGAAGGGCUUCCAGAGUGCUACAACUUCGAGAAGAAUUUUUAAUGGCUGAAGCGAAAGAACAAAUAGGAAAAAAUCGGGAAGGUUUGAAAGACAAGAACAAUCAAGAAGAGAGAGAGGAAGAACUUGUUGAAGACACGCUGCAAUGUAAAAUCUGCUUUGUGCAGAAGCGAAACAUUUUGUUCUUAACGUGCGGUCACGUGGUAUGUUGUAACAGCUGUUCAAAAAUGGUUAACAAUGUCUGUCCUUUAUGUCGUAAACGGAUAAUGGGUAUGGUACAAAUAAGUAUCGUCUGAAAACUCCGGCUGAGAGAAAUAGAGGAAACGCACAUAUGUUGAAGGAUCACGAUUUUCCCCGCUCCUAAGCUCCAAGAAAGAUUCAGCUUAUAUAUUACACUAUGAUUGUCUCUCUCUUUCUGCUCAAAAACCAAAAAAGUCUAUUUCAAAGUUGCUUAUUAAAUUUAUUAUAGCGUUUUCGACUGCAACGGGUCUUGCCGUAAAAACAUGCUAUACUUUUCGAUAUCUCUGUGGUAGGUGCCCAUUUUAAUUAAUUUAUUUUAUUUUAUUUUAAGUAAUUUAUUUUUUAGCUUUUGUAUAUUUAUUUUUUAGCUUUUGUUGUUGUAUUUUUUUAAAAUCAUGUUUUUAAAAAUCAACAUUCAAUUUCAUUAAUAAGUGAUAAAGUGGGAGAGAGAGAGCAGCUUUUUAAUGAAUCAUUUUUUAAAGCGAUAUUCUUAGAGCAAAUUCGACUGGUAUGCCCAACAGAUGUAGACUACUGGAAAAUUGACAGUAUAUGUACGUAUUUGCUGUCAAUUCCACGCUGCCUUUUUGACGACAAAUGUUUUCGACAAAUUUUUUUAUCAGAUAUUGUUAUACCGACUGAAAUGUAAAAACAUUCGAAGUUGAAAACUACAAUAAAGACUGUAUCUAUUUUUCUCAAAUAUGUUGUGAGACAUUGUUUUGGUAUUUUGUUUAAUAUUGAAACGAAAUAAUAUCCCACAUUUCAUACAGUUGAUAGAACGUAAUUUAUUUUUAUACGAUGUUUACAAGUUGCGCACAAGAUCAACUUUUUUUUACAUGUACUUAUUUCAAUUACACUGGCAAUUGAACGGUUUUUAGUAAUAAAAUAUAAAAAUCAUAUUAACUGUAUAGAUGUAAAAUAAUCUUCGCAAAUUUUUAAAUUGACAACAAUUAUUUUUAGCAAAAUAACUCAGUAUGUUCUUAAAGCAAGAAAACAAUGUUUAUAUUCGUCUAUAUUCGUCGUACAUUGGUGUACACAUCGAUAUAAAGACUCGUAUAAAAAAUAAAGUGGCGGUUUGGUUUUUGUUUGCUAUACCUUUUGCGCGUCAGGUAUCUGAAGGACUUGUAACACCAAUC